AUGGCGUUGUCUACUCGAAAUCGAAAGCGUAAACAAUUGGGGGAUGGCGUGGCUCCGUUUGAGUUUCCGUUUCAGACCCAGAAGAUCAAGAGGGUUUCUAGGAUUUUUGAGACCCAACAGAAUUUAGCCGUGGAGAAAAAGCCGACUACUUCUCUUCCUCUGCGCAAGGGUUUGUCGCCCAAACAGGUAAAGACCAUCCCUUUGGCUUCGUCUCCUAGAAAGCAUAGAAAAUCGGAAGAGUUAGGUUUUGAUGGUCUCUGUCAGACCCAGAAGAUCCAGAGGCAGAAACUAGGUUUUGAGUUUGAUUGUUCUGAAAUUUUGGGGUGUAUGAUGAACCUCCGCCAUGUGAGUAGGUACUUUGAGAAGCCUGUGGUCGAUCCGGUUUAUUUCCAUGACAUCUGGAGACCAAUGGAUUUCGGUACUGUGAAAUCCAAAUUGGAGAGGGGUGUCUACUCCAGCCCUGAUGGGUUUGCUGCUGAUGUGAGGCUUACCUUGUCAAAUGCUUUAAGAUAUUAUCCGCCUGGGAGGAUUGAGCGUGCAGCAGCCAAGCGUCUCAGUGGUGUUUUUGAGAGCAAGUGGAAAGAAGCCCUGGAGAAAAACCCCAAGUCUGUUUGUCCUUCUCCUCUGCCCAAAGUCAAGUGUUUGGCAGUGUUACCCAAACUGAAACAGGUCAAGACCUCUUCUCCUUCUAGCGUUCUUCAAAGUCAAGGGCUUGGUGUUUCUGAUUCUCAGUCAGUUGAUUCAACCAAACACGAUGAGUUGGCCACCCUUGUUGAUAAUGCCAUGGAUCAGGCCUCAGAGAAUCUUUCCCAAUGUAAGGUUGUCCGAAUUCAUGCACUAGAGCUACGACUUUCAGGUACAAUAUUGAAAGCAAACAAGAUACUUAAGGGUGUACCUGAUUCUCCACCAAGGAGAAAAUCGAUGCAGCGGAUGAAGCAAAGGGAGUCGGCUCGCUGUGGCAUUUCCAACAUGAAGAAGUCAGUGCAAUUUGAGGAUCCUUUACAGGAUCUCAAACAACUUGAGAUGCUGUGUGGCUGUGGCAGUGAAGAUCCUUUUCUACAAGUCCGCCUCGGAUUGCCGCUUAAGAAAUUGGGUGUAUUCCUCAGGGAAGAUGAUGAGUUGCAAGGUCAGGAUGAGGAGGCCUUUUUGAAUGGAGAUUGGAAGGAGAGAUCUGGUGGGAGGAAGGCGAGAUCUACUCUUGAAACAAGGCGUAAUGCAUACCCUUCUAGGAAAGUUCGUCUCCGAUGGAUUCAAAGUCCUUCGACUCUGAUGGAUUCAGGGGAUUCAAAGUCCUUCGACUCUGAUGGAUUCCCCCUGAAUUGGUUUACGAUAGCUUGUAGUAAUGGCCGUUUGACAUCAAUCACUGUAAAUGAUGCUGGCCUGGUUGGUGAGUUCAGCUCUUCAGCCAUUGCUGGUCUUAAAAUGUUUCCCAAUUUGUCGAUUUCAAACAACCAGCUGACAGGAACAAUCUCAAAGUUGAGGUAUAAAUUUGUUCGAGCUAAUGGAUUUGUUGGGAGAACGAAUAAGAAUCAAAUAAGUUUGAGGGCAAUAACAAACAAGGUAAAGGGUAUUCAAUCGAUUCACCAGAACAUACGACCCAUAAAAUGA